UCUCCGCCCCCUUCCCCGCCGCAGUUUCCCUUUCCGGCCCCCCCCAUCCCCGGGAGGUGGGGCUAAGGUGGGAACAUGAGGUUGUCGCUCGCAGCCGCUAUCUCCCACGGCCGUGUCUACCGCCGCUUGGGCCUCGGUCCGGAGUCGCGCAUCCACCUGCUGCGGAACUUGCUCACGGGCCUAGUGCGCCACGAACGUAUCGAGGCGUCAUGGGCACGCGUGGACGAGAUGAGGGGCUACGCGGAGAAGCUUAUCGACUAUGGAAAGCUAGGAGACACCAACGAACGAGCCAUGCGCAUGGCUGACUUCUGGCUCACUGAGAAGGACUUGAUCCCAAAGCUGUUUAAAGUACUAGCACCUCGGUUCCAAGGUCAGAAUGGGAACUACACAAGAAUGCUGCAGAUCCCGAAUCGGAAGGAGCAAGAUCGGGCCAAGAUGGCAGUGAUCGAAUAUAAAGGGAACUGCCUCCCUCCCCUGCCUCUGCCUCACAGAGACAGCAACCUCACUCUCCUAAACCAGCUGCUACUGGGACUGAAGCAGGACCUGCACCAUAACCAGGAAGCAAGCCUCCACAGCUCCCACACGGUUCAAACACCAAAGACUUAACUGGAGCAGGAGAGUGAAUAGCUAGCUCUCAUAGGUGUGUUCACCGGUCUUGGAGCUCUUAUAAUGGGUGACAACUGGAAGUGGCGUUGUAAAGUGGCCCGUCGAAAUGGAGCCCAGACCUUCCUGCUGGCUCAUGGUCCUCUCUUUGCACAAUAGAUAAAAUUUUGAUCUGACUGUAUGAAACUGAUUUUCUUUUCUUUCCUGGGAUUUCUGGAAAGUGAGAGGCACCUAAGAUAGUAAAUUCGCAGCUUGUGUUUCUGAA